AUGCAAACGAGAAAAUCGACGAGAUUGGAGGAAAACGAAUCGGGGCAACGAGCAGGAGAGCAAGACCUGCGGCUAAAGGAGCGAUCAAAAGAAGACAAUAAACAGGACGCUCAACACACUACGAUGGAAAUGGCUUUCGGAGAAGAUACGAUCGACUCGGAUGGGGUCACGCAUAAGGCCGAGGCAAACUCGCUUGUUCAAGUCUCCGCUGACAAUUCAAUUCAAAUUGAUGCCGAGACACGCGGCGAGGAUGGUAAUGUUCGGAAGGACGAUGAUGAGCGUCACAAGCUUUCCAACUCCUUGCAACUUAACAUCGCCGGAACUACAGUUAAGGAAGAGCAGGACGGCAAUGUGCUACAGAAAAAGGAAAAUGAUGGCGGCAAUCAAUUGGACGUUGGCUAUACUGCGCAAGUGGACGUUAAGCCCGUCAAUACGCCUAGGAACCAACGGUAUAUGAGGCGCGCUAGCAAAGAUGAGAAUGUGGCUGCAAAAGAGCUCGAAUUGAUUCGCAAGACGAUGGUGAAGAAGAAAAUUAAAAAAGAAGCACUCACUCAAACUGAAAAGGGGAAAGAUGGUCUCACCAGCAGCAACUUGCAAUUAAAUGACUCACUCAAUGACCAGCAAUUAACCAACCCUGCUGUCAAAAAAGCUCGCCAAGGUCUUCUCACUCGUUUUACCGUGCGUCAGCUGCGAGAAUUCAUCUGCAUUUCCCAUAACUUGCCUCGUCCGUAUCAAUCAAAUGGUAGCGCUCCAGUUCGUCGUCAGCAGCGUGAACGGCGAGAAAUGCUUCGCGUUGCUAUCGUUCCAGCAUUUCAACAUCAAUCCACUGCUGAUUUCAAACUAACUUUCCCGUUCCUGACAAUGCAAGUCGGCGACUAUCAUGGCAGCCUGCCAUUUGGAAUGGUCGUUCAUCCACAACAACAAGGACGCAUGAACUCUUUGACGCUUAAUGGUCAAUCGAAGCGCUUGAUCUAUGAAUUUACGCUUCUCGACAACAAUAACAAUCUGGGUUACGCUGUCUGGACUUUGGCUCUUUCCAACAUUGUUGCAAUCUACGUCUUUGAUCAUUUAGUUUGCAUGAAGCUUAACGUUUCUCCGAUGCAAGUGGUGUCCUUUGCUGGCAAUAAAUCAAAUCUUAGUUAUGAUCUGACAAAUGGACAACGAGCGUGCUCGCCUUUUCACUACUUCCAACUUAAUGGUCCCGCGCAGAACUUUUUCGAUGGACUGGUGAAAUGUGAUGCUAAUCACUUCGCAGCUAUUUUGUUGAGUGAAGAGGAAUUCUUUGAGGAUGCCAUCAAAGCAAAAGGUGAAAGCAACAACAAUCAAGAAGAGCAUUACCUUCACGAGAGAAAGCCAUAUGGGUUGAUGAUGAAUAGCAACGGUGGAGGUCAAUUGAAUUCCGAUGAGGGUGGCAUCGAAGCAAGGUAUGAUAGCUACAACAUGACUCAAGAGAAUUUCCUUCACGGUAAAAAGCCAUAUGACGUGGUGAUGAACAGCAAUAGUAGCGAUCAAUCGAAUUCCGUUGAGACUCCUCGGCGUAGUAAGAUGGUAUCUCCAAUUAUGGCAACUGAAUCUCCAAGCUAUCAGGAAUUGCUUCAUUACGCAGCCUUGGGUCACUCAAAAUCUUUCGAGAAUGCUCAGUCUCAAAACAUUGAUAUGGAUCUCGACAUCUCAUCAAUUUUAAUAAAGUGGAUGGAUGAGGGAAAAGAUGGAAAUGAAUUGAUCGCAUUGACGAGUAGAGUAAAAGAAGAAGAAAGGCGAUCAAAUGGAUGUAUUCGAGGAGUGAAUUGUCGUGGAUGGAUCGAUUGUCGAUGUCUCAUCGAUAUCUCCACUCCUGCCACACUCGAAAGGGAUUUCAAUGCCUGGCUUCGGGGAAUGUCUCCUUCUUCAUCAAGUUCAGGCACCGAAUAUUCUACCGAAAUUUCGACAGAAUAUUCGACCGAUUCUUCGAUGAGAUCCGAAUAUUCGGCUGAAUAUGGGACAAUUGAAGGAUGCUAUCUAGAAUAUUCUCUGGGUUACUCAAAUUUUCAUGAACACGAAUUUCAAGCGGACAAUCUGAUAAAAAUGGAAACGACAAUGUUAGACUAUGAAAAGGAGUCAAAAAUGGGACAACAAUCAGUGAAUCGAGAAAUGAACGCGAAACCGGAAGAUGGAAGAAAAGCGAGAAGAAAAGGAGGUGGAACGAACCUUUAUGGCCGCCCGUAUUGCCCAGGCAGGCCACUGUCGAUGCUCGAAAGGACACAAAUCAUCGAGUUACACCUAGCUGGCAUGAAAGUGAAUGCCAUCUCGAAGACACUUUGCAUAUCGCAUGGAUGUGUGAGCAAAAUCAUUUCAAGAUAUCGAACAACGGGAAUCCUCUCACCAGCCUCUUCACCUGAACAGCGAAAACUUUCUGACUCGAUCAACCAUCAAAUCGCCAUGCUUGUCAAGGAGUAUCGAAUUCUUCUGCCAUUCAAUGUCGACGACUUUAAACGGGGACAUCUCUACACAACCGCCGAGACGAGCAAAGCUGAAACUGGAGGGGGAGAAGGCGUUGAGAUAUUGAAACAAGAAGAAUUCGAAUCAGACGAUUUGCGCCCCGGUGAACAUCUUGAAGGCAUCUACACUUACAAGAUUUAUCGCAUCAAAAGUAAAGUGCCAUGGCUUCUGCAAAAGAUGCUCCCUGAAUCCGCCUUUAUUCUUCACGAGGAAUCGUGGAAUGCUUACCCAUACUUCAAAACUGUUGUCACUAAUCCGGGCUACAUGAAGAAAGGUUUCAAGAUUCAACUCGAAUCGUACCACAUCCAGGACAAAGGAGACGCAGAGAAUCCUCUUAACGCCAAAAAGAAAUGUGAGGUCGUUGCCGUGGACAUUAUUGAUGAAAAAAGCCUCAAAAAGGUGGAUCUUGAGGCAAAGAUUAAUCCGCGUAUGGUUCGUAGUGAGAAAAUGGAGAUCGGCCCAUUGAAAGACGGUUGGACCGAAGAUGAAGACAUCCCAGUUAUGUGUGCCUACAAGUUGGUAUCGGUGACUUUCUCGUGGCGAGGAAUUGGUGGUCAAAUCGAGAAGUUGAUCCACAAGAAUUACCCGCGUCUCUUCAACAAAUUCCAUCGUGAGGUGUACUGUCGAUCCGAUGAAUGGUGGGACAUGGAUAUGGAUGAAAUUCGCGAUUAUGAGGAGAAGACUGCUAAGAAACUCCGCAAGAUGAUCAAUAAUAAUCAGAAGCGUGGUGUGUACAGGGCCGCUUCGGACAGCGAGCGUCUUAAG